GACAGAUCACCUGAAAACAUAAGCACAGGUAGUCAUGUUAGCCUAUAUGCGCUUGAAGUCUUGACAAGAUUUGACUGCUUGAAGUUCGAACCAUAUAAAAACCUCAAUAUAAAGAAUUUUAAAGAUAAAAAACAUGAAGCCUACAAGAUCCAGCGUGUGGUGUACGGAAGCAGAGGCUGGUGCAGAGAAAGAUGGGAGAUGGAAAAGGGAAAAUUGGUUGGAUAGGCAGAAGGGAUGGAGUAAUGUUGACGAGCUAGAACUGAAAAUAAGGAUGGAGGUCGGCUUGACUGAAAAUACAGGUGGAAAGAAUGAAAGACAAACACAAAAUCAGGCUUUAGGACAUGCUACAAAAGGACAAAGUCAAAUGAAGCAUUCAAGAGUUUGGGUAUCUGGGAGUGGAAAGACAACUUCUAAAGAACAGAUGAACAAAGAAGCAAAGGGACAAUGGAGGAAUGAAGACUUACUAAAAGAACAUGUUAGUGUAAAAAGUCCAACUAAAGGACCACAGCUGGAUGUCAGUUCCCAUUUUUCCAGUGGGGCUGAUGCCGGAGUUGACAGUUCGGAACCAGGAUUUAGGCUCCAGUCUAGGGUUUCUUUGAAUGAAAAAGCACAUCCUGGCUCCAGAUUGGUGACCAGCUCUAGCACCAGCCCCAGUGGAAUGUCUGUAAGUGACUACCUUGUACUUCUAAAGUCACUCCGGAUUAACCUGCCCAAAGGUGUUUUAAAUCCUAAAGUCAUCAGGCUAUCACAGAAUGCAGGCAUCAUUCAGAAAGCCCAGGAUAUUGUAAAAGAGCUGGAAAACUUCAAGCUUCAGUUUAACAGCAUUCCACGUCUUGGCUGCAGGGAACUUAAGAACUCACUGUCACUGAAAGACAAUGGAAAAGUUCUUGAAAUCACAGUGAUGAUUUUCUUUGAAAAAAGAGAAGUUUCCGAGGCAAAUCUAAGAGCGCAGUGGAGAAAGAAUGUAUCAAACACAAGCUGUGGAUUCAGGUUCAGAGACAAAUACAAGACAAUGGCCAUCUCCACACCCGCUAUAUACGCUACAACACAGACAAGGAGCUGGAGACAGUUAGAAGUUGGAGACAAUCUUGCAAACAUUUCUGAGGGUGUGACAGUAAAUGUCCAUGACAUUGAGAACAGAGACUAUUGUGACGAGUCAGCUCUAUGGACGACCUCCUCUCCUCAAAGGUUCGGCAAAUAUUUCCAGAACCCAGAAGAUGAACGUGAAUGCCUCAAGUUCUACCAUGAGCUGCAAACAAACAGGACAGUGAGGUACACCAAAGGUAACAAAGUAGAGUUUGGAUUCAUCACUGGAAGACUAGACUUCUUAGCAGAAGUAAAAGGGGAAAAAAGAGAAAAAAUGGUGAUUGAGUGUAAAGGAACCACUGGAGAUAUGAUAAGCAAAGUCUUCACUAAACCAAAAAAUGGUGGUCGUUGUGCAGACCUUAAUGAAACACAUGAGUACUGCUAUCAAGUUCAGGCCUACAUGUACAUCUUAAACAGGGUAGCAAAAGGCUUCAACUCUGACAGGGCCGUCAUGGUGUUUAGACAGUACCACAAGAAUGGUAGAGAACCCAGAGAUUUCUACUGGAAUUACCUGAAAAUGAAUGAAGCAACACAGCAGAAAAUCAAUCAAUUGCGUGUUUUCUGUGAAGAAGAGGUUCUGUCCUGUUUCCUGGCUGUUCUACAUCUGGUAUUCCAGAAAGCCACAUAAGUGAAGAACUUCUAGAAGUUAAGUCUCAAUUACAAAAUUAAAUACGCUUGUAAGGACAGUGUGUUGGGUAGAAACGUGACAUGUUACAAAGCAUUAUGUUGCUAAAAUAGAUAUUAUAAGAAUCAGGAACUAUA